UGCAGAGCUUCGGGAGCACACUCGAGCAGGCCAUGGUUCAGGCGCUUACCUCGAGAGCCCAUGGUGCUUGCUGGUUUCUGCGGCUGUUAUUUCCGGCAUUUGCCCUUAUAGAGCUGCAUCAGCACCUCAUGUUGAGGGCGGCCCAAAAGACGGGUUCCUCAGGGGUUUCACAUAGACCUUGCGGGUCAAGCUGAACGGUCUGCAUUUGAGUGCAGCAUUGGAGCAGCACGAAAGGGGCACCACAGGACUCGGACAGUGCCCUUACUUGAGCGAAGCGUUUGGAACCGUGGUUGAGAGCUUGUGCAAUGCUGACGCUGUUCAAACCCUAAUCUGAGGUCUUGUCUGGGUGCCCCUCCUCUCUAAGAAAGAAGGCUCCGAGUCCUUCUGAUGGCAUGUGAGGACGAUGUGACCACGUCUGCCAUGCCACAAACGGUGCAUCUGAACGUUGGAGGCAAGCGGUUCUCCACAACAAUCUCGACGCUCACUCAACGGGACAGCGAUUCCAUGCUGGGAGCGAUGUUCAGUGGCCGGCACAAACUAAAGCUGGAGGAGAAGGGCACAGUCUUCAUUGACAGGGACGGCACACACUUUCGGCACAUCCUGAACUGGCUCAGAGAUGGGGCGGUCCCAAUGUUAGACCAUGCGGAAAGUUACGAGCUCCUGCGAGAGGCAGAGUACUUCCAGUUGAGAGGUCUCAUUGACGCUCUCGCAUUGGCGCAUGCUCAUAUGACAAGCAAGGCCGACGAGGACGAGCCUGAACUAACACGGAAGGAGGUCAUCAUGUGUUUGCAACAGUCCCGGGUCCGGUUGAGGGGCGUCAAUCUCAGCGGCCAGGACCUGUCUAAACUGGAUCUCGCUGGAGUGGACUUCAGCUACGCUAACAUUACCCGCACAUUCUUUUCGCGAGCCAACCUUCAUCUAGCUAUAUUUAGGGAAUCACACGCGGAGAACUCCAAUUUCACCAACGCCUGCCUGAAGGAGUGCGACUUCGCAGGCGCGAACCUCAAGGGCGCUCUGCUGGUGGAAGCGACGCUGCAGAGUGCCAACCUGCAAGAUGCCACGCUGGUGGGGGCGAGCCUGUUCGGAGCGGACCUGCGGAGCGCCCACAUGCAAAACGCUGAUCUAACCAACGCUAACCUGGAAAAGGCAAACCUGGAGAAUGCGAACCUGAAGGGGGCCAUUCUUGCAAACGCGAAUCUGACGGGCGCGAACCUGACCAGGGCGUAUCUGCGGGACGUGGAUCUGCGAGAGACACGUCUAGGCGGCGCGACCUUAAAUGGAGCCAACCUGCAAGGCGCAAACCGAUAGCCUUUCCCACAAUCGAACAUUUGUAGCAUUCGUUGAUCAAUUAAUCGGUUCUGCUAGCCAGCACUACCCAAUCAUUGUACAGCUUCGCUUAGUGGAUCCUACUUGUAGAUACUAAGGAACGGUUUGACAGGUCGUCGUGGGUUCGAAUGCAUGCAGCAGGCGGGUCCAAAUCAUAGUUGGUGUGAAGACCAUGACUAAUCUAUCACAAGAACCUUGACGAUCAUUGUCGGUUUACGUAGUGCAAGGAGUCGAGACGUUGGGCACCGCAUCCGUCUGUGCAGACAGAUGCAAAAGUAACUUACACGUGAUAAUCCAAUCAACUCU